CAUUUACUCUCAUGAAUCUGUAUUUAUAAAUACGAGUACCCUCACAAGUCAUGAUAAAUAACAACGACAUGUCACUGACUUCCUUCGGAAAUUUCAGAGUUAAAUAUGGUGCCCAAAUCACAUCUCAAUUUAACGAAAAUUGUUAAGUAUCUUGAGGAAAUAUCAACACAAAAGAAGACAAAGUUCGUUUUAAUUACACAAUCCAACCAUGAAGAAUCAGAACUAAGAAUUUCUUACUCUUCCCAUUUUACAGACGCUCAAAUAUCUGAAGUUCACAAAUUAUUAUCAACGGAACGCAUUCGUAUUGUCACUAUUCGACCCGUACUAGUUCAUGUUGAAGAAUUAUACAUUGAUAAGAAAACUACCUCCAAUUUAAUAAGACAAUAUCAAGAUUUAUUCCAUUGUAUAAAUCAAAAUACUUGUAAGGAAAUUGCAAAAAGAUGGAUAAAGGUUGCUGAACCUAAUAAACAAGCACGAUUUCCAUAUAGAGAUCAAAAUUCAUCCAGACCUCCCUGGUGGCCGGAAACUACUGAUCAUAUUGAACCAGAUCAUUUAGACAAACGUGGAAGAGUUGAGUUAUUAAUCCAAAUAAUAAGAAAUAACAAGUUUUAUUUAGAGAGUUUAAGAAGCUCUACAUCAUCCAUGAAAUUCAAAAGAGAAAUCAGCCAACGAAUUUUAGACGAGGUUUACUACAUUGCCGCAUAUGAAAGAUUAUUUUUCAAUAAAGAUAGACAUCUUGACCCAAUAUUCAAGGAAUUAAAACAAAAAGAUAAGGUUCAGAUAACAAAUUAUUCCAUUAUACUUCCAGUCAGUAAACUCAGGGAUUCUGUAUGUCAUGGAACUAUCAUGGCAAGUAAAAUUAAGUUAACUGAUAUAAAUAAUAAAGUUUUUGCUUUAAAAAGUGAACAUUCCAGUGUGUUGACAACUCCGGAACUGUUAUCCAGAUCAGUUUCUCCAGAAAACACUCUUGAUCAAGGACCAAUCUUGGAAGCAAGUGAAAGAGAGAGAAGAGAUAGAAAUAGAAAUAGAAAUAGAAAAAGAAAAAGAACCAGAGAAUUAGAACCAUCUCCAACCCCCUCUCUUCAUUCACCAAAAAUCAAAAAAGAAAAUAAUUUUCAAUUGCCAGAAUUCCAAAAGUCCCCAAGUUAUGAUUUUGACAAUCCUUAUUUCUUACAAGAUCAGGGAGACCAACAGACCCGUGAAGAAUCUCCCUAUACUAGUGUGAAAUUAGAAUUUGACCAAGAAAAUCAUUUAAAUAUCUCUUCAACCAAUGAAAUUCAAGAGACUACACAUGAUCCACAUUUUUAUGAGAAUGCUUCAGAGGAUAUAUUGUUUCAUAUAGAUCACUAUUCGACCGGUAGUUCUGAUGGAUCUAUUGAUUUUCAUAGUUAAAAAAUACAUUUUUCUUUUCGCAACAAUUUUGAGAGUAUAAAAAAGAGGGUUAACAGCGCUUAUCGAAAUGUAAUUUUAUAUAUACUUCUUCUUCUUCUUAUUUGUUAUUCAUCUAUAUCAUAACAUCAAAUAGCUAGCGAGAAUCAAUGUCUGCUCAAACUCAAGUUAUUGGCAACUUGCCUAUUACAGAACCAGCUUCUAGUGAAGAAAACGAUAAAGGAAGAUCAUUAUUUCUUAAGCAUGUUCAACAAUAUCCAAUUGUAAAUUCAACUAAAUCGGCUAUUUAUUCAAUUCCUUAUACCAAAACGGUAGUUCACGCUGUAUCUCCUACUUUGAAAACUUUGAGAGAAAUUCAA